AUGAUGGAUCGGUGUGAGAACUGCGGAGACGAAUAUGAGCGGUUGCUUAGCGAAGAGGAUGACCGGUCGUCGGCACCCGAGAAUCAUAGCGACGAGCGUCCGCUUCAUCUGCGGCAGCGGCCCGUCGAUACCGGUCGGCGCUUCGCCUAUGGCUUCGGACACGUGUUCAACGAUAUCACCGCAGCCAUUUGGUUCUCUUACACCAUGGUGUUCAUGCAAAACGUGGUUGGCGUGCCCGGAACCACCGCUGGGUUUCUGCUGUUUUUCGGUCAAACUGUUGAUGCAAUAGCAACACCAUUUGUGGGAAUCAUGGUUGACAAAUUUGGAAAAAAGAAAAAUUGGGUGCUUUUAGGCACAGUAAUGGAAGCCAUAAGUUUUCCGUUAAUAUAUUACGUUUGGAAUCUGACCAUAGUCGUAGCUAUCUUGAUUUAUAUUUGCUCGAUAUUAAUAUUCCAAAUGGCAUGGGCUCUUGUUCAAAUUUCCCACUUGUCGUUGAUACCAGAGCUGACUGAUUUGUCUUUAGAGAGAGGCAAAUUAACUUCAAUAAGAUACGUAUUCACAGUAUCCACGAAUAUUUUAAUGUUCAUCAUCGCUUGGUUAGUGUUCAGAGGUGUACGGAAUAAUGGAAAUAUGGGUAGUCUCAUUGGUCCUAACGAUUCAGAAAAAUUUCAAAUGUUAGCGUUGAUUGCUACAACGAUUGGAGUGUUCUCUGCGUUUAUUUUCCAUGGACUAUUGAAAAGCCCACGAAUUACCAAUACAAAGUUGAUGUACAGGCAGAAUCGACAAAUAAAUGUCAAUAAAAUACUAACAUUUUGUAAAAACGUUCAGCUGUAUCAAGUGGCUGUUGUGUUUACGACUUGUAAGCUACUGAUAAAUAUAGCUCUGAUCUAUAUACCACUUUUCAUCAACGAAUCGGCAAUUGACGAAUCUGGUACCAUUGCUAGCAUACCGUUAGUGGCGUAUGUGUCUUCUUUGAUCACAUCUAUAGGCGUGGAAUACAUUAAACCAUGUUUUAAAUCUGAUAAAGUGAUCUUACAAUUGGUAGUAAUAUCAAUUUUUGGAUCAAUAUGGUAUUCUCAUCCUAAUCACGAACUGACCUUAUCACUAUUUAUGCUUAGCCUGCAGUAUGCUUUGAGUAUCAGAUACAUUUAUAACAAUGCUAUAUUAUAUGCAGUGUAUGUUAAGUGUCUACUCUAUGUUAAUAUUAUUUGUUCAGGAAGUGCAAUAACUUCAGUGUUAAGCCUUAGUGUCACUGCAAACCUUAUAGGAAAUGAUACAGAUUGUGGAGCUUUCAUAUACAGUUCAGUCACAUUUUCUGAUAAAUUGAUUAAUGGUUUAGUCAUCAUUGGAAUAGAAUUCAUGAAAUGCACGGAUUUGGAAAAAUGCUCUCAUUAUUACAGAGAUGUUUUGGCGUUUAGCAGUGGGUCACUUGCACUAAUUGGUUUAUUAGUGUUUUUAACAAUACCAAAAAUACUUAUAAAGGAAACAAAGAGAUCAUCAUCUCAUAUAGUUAUUUGA